CUGCGUGCGUAUUAACCCUAGUGGAAUCAAUCUCGGGAUACGGACAAAGGUCAAUCUUAUUGCAACAGCAAACACUUGUCCGACGAGCGAUCUUUUCGUCCGCACAUUCCAACUUUUCGCAUCGCGACUGCGACUUUGACUACCAGCUUUACGCCCGCUCUCAACGGUCCUACAGCUUUCACGCAACACCGCGCGACACCAACCAGCGACUUGCGACACAUCUACGACCGCAAUCAUGGGCGCCAUUGGAAACCUCGUUCCCCUGAUCAUCCUCUUCGUCUUUGUCGGCGCAUUCGCUUUCGUCGGCUACCAGAUGUACGUCUGGACCAACGACCUCGCCGACCAAGGAAAGAAAAAGAUGGAGAAGAAGAAUGUCAAGUUCUCAAAAGAUGGCAUGCAGGUUGGAGUCAAGGAGAUUAGUGAGGAGGAUUAUGCGGAUAAGACGCAGAGCGUACUGGUCAACACAUGGAACUCAAGCUCCUUCCCCGCCUACAAAAGUCGUUUCUGGAACAAGGAAGAACAGGCUAAGAACAAGGCUUCCUCGUCAGGAAGGUCCUAGGGUGUGGAUACAUGGAUAUCGCGCCUUAUCACUUCUAUAACGACCUAUAUCUGACUUUCCUUGGAUUGAGCGCUCAGCUACUAUAUCGUUCCCACUGCACAUUUCCCGAAGUCCGAUGCAUAUGUGUUGCGAUACUCAAGCUGCGAUGGAGAAUAUCAUAUGCGAGCUGCAAGAGAUGCUUCCGACGAAAAUGGAGACUCGCAUUGUUGCAGCUGCCCGUCCGCCAACAUUCGUGACGCGAACGGCUGUAGAAUGACACGAUUGAAUACAGAGCAGAGUCGAGAUCCAUUGAGAUCACGUCAACGACAGGUUCAUCUGGAGCCCAACGCACCACUCCAAACCCCAUCAUGCAUUUCCGCAGCUUCACAAGAGCAAUCCUUAUCGCAUGUAGAAAAUCUACAAAAAUUGAACACAGAUAAAUCGUAGAUCAAAAUAUAUCCAUCCGUCGUG